AUGCAUGUGAUAGUGCAGCUCAACAACGUGGGUAGCACCCACAAAUCUAUGAAGGGUGUUUUUUGCAGCUACGAACCAAAAGCAAUGAAACAAUAUUUUCCUCUGGCCUUAGUGAGCAUGCUUUGGUUGUCUCACAAGUGGAAGGCUCUUAUUGGACUCGACCUCCCUUCAUGUCUCAGGAACAAUUGGAAAAUGGAAUUUUACUGCAUAAAUUGCUCUAACUCUUCUAGGAGUUUUAUCAUCUGUGGAAACCUGCUUCAGAGGUCCAGCGUGACCGUCAUACUAAAGUUCCUAGGGCUAGGUUCUUGUGAUCUAGAUAUAGUAUCCCAAGGGCGAGUUUCAUUUUGUGGACCAAUCUUAACAAAUUGUUCACGUUUGAAAGGCUAUCAUCCACCUCAAAUCACCUAA